UGGUGGCAGAAGUGGUUGUGGUUAGUCCGUCCGGGAGAGUCGCCAUGGCGGCGGUGGAUUCGGAUGUCGAAUCGCUGCCGCGUGGGGGUUUCCGCUGCUGCCUGUGCCGCGUUACUACAGCCAACCGACCCAGCCUCGAAGCUCACUUGGGAGGGCGGAAGCACCGGCAUCUGGUAGACCUUCGCGCUGCCAGGAAGGCCCAGGGACUUCGCAGUGUGUUUGUCAGUGGCUUUCCCAGGGAUGUGGAUUCUGCUCAGCUCUCUGAGUACUUCCAGACAUUUGGCCCUGUGGCCAGUGUUGUCAUGGACAAGGACAAGGGAGUGUUUGCCAUUGUGGAGAUGGGAGACAUGGGUGCUCGAGAGGCUGUCUUGUCACAGUCCCAGCAUAGCCUAGGAAGACAUCGCCUGCGUGUCCGGCCACGUGAGCAGAAGGAGUUUCAGAGCCCAGCCUCCAAGUCUCCCAAAGGAGUGGCCCUGGAUAGUCAUCAGCUGGCCAAAGCACUGGCUGAGGCCCCUGACGUAGGGGCACAAAUGGUAAAGCUUGUGGUGCUGAGGGAGUUAUCUGAGGCCGAGCGGCAACUUCGGAGCCUUGUUGUAGCCCUGAUGCAGGAAGUCUUCACUGAGUUCUUCCCUGGCUGUGUGGUCCAUCCUUUUGGCUCUUCCAUAAACAGCUUUGAUGUUCAUGGCUGUGAUCUUGACCUCUUCUUGGAUUUAGGUGACAUGGAAGAAGCCCAGCCAACUCCUAAGGCUCCAGAGUCUCCAUCGCUGGACUCAGCCCUUGCUUCCCCACUGGAUCCUCAAGCACUGGCCUGCACCCCAGCUUCUCCUCCAGAUUCACAGCCUCCAACUUCUCCCCAGGAUUCUGAAACCCUGGACUUUGAAACCCCUUCCUCCUUGCUGGCCCCCCAGACUCCAGACUCUGCUUUGGCCUCUGAGACUGUUGCCUCUCCCCAGUCCCUACCUCCAACAUCACCACUGCAGGAGGCCAGGGGAGAGGGGGAAGUUGUGAAGGCCCUGGAAUUAGCAGAAGCCCUAAAAGGGGAGAAGCCAGAAGGGGCAGCAAUGCUGGAGCUGGUGGGAUCUAUUCUCCGGGGCUGUGUUCCUGGGGUGUACAGAGUCCAAACUGUGCCCUCUGCCCGGCGUCCUGUGGUCAAGUUCUGCCAUCGGCCUUCAGGUCUUCAUGGUGAUGUCUCACUCAGUAACCGGCUGGCAUUGCAUAAUUCCCGUUUUCUGAGUCUCUGUUCUGAGCUGGAUGGGCGAGUCCGGCCCCUUGUGUACACCCUCCGCUGCUGGGCUCAGGGUCGAGGGCUGUCAGGGAGUGGCCCACUUCUCAAUAACUAUGCCUUGACGUUGCUCGUGAUCUAUUUCCUUCAGACCAGGGAUCCUCCUGUGUUGCCCACUGUGGCCCAGCUCACCCAGAAAGCAGGUGAGGGGGAGCAGGUGGAAGUUGAUGGUUGGGACUGUAGUUUCCCCAAGGAUGCCUCAAGACUGGAGCCCAGCAGUAACAUGGAGACCCUCAGUUCCCUAUUGGCCCAGUUCUUCUCCUGCAUCUCAAACUGGGAUCUUCGUGGCUCCUUGCUAUCUCUGCGAGAGGGCAAGGCAUUGCCAGUGGCAGGAGGCCUGCCCUCAAGUGUCUGGGAGGGGCUGCGCCUUGGCCCCAUGAAUCUCCAGGACCCUUUUGACCUGAGUCACAAUGUUGCAGCCAAUGUGACUAGCCGAGUGGCUGGCCGGCUACAGAACUGCUGCCGAGCUGCUGCUAACUACUGCCGAAGCCUCCAGUACCAGCAGCGCUCCUCCCGGGGUCGGGACUGGGGGCUGCUCCCACUUUUGCAGCCCAGCUCUCCUAGUUCUUUGCUGUCUGCAACACCCAUCCCCUUACCCUCUGCUCCCUUCCCACAGCUCACUGUUGCCCUAGUCCAGGUGUUCAAGGAAGCACUCGGGUGCCAUGUAGAACAGGGAACCAAGAGACCUCGGUCAGAAGGGCAUGGGGCUGAGGAGUCUCCCCUGGGAGGGACAAAUAAAAGGCUGAAAUUGGAUGGACAGAAAAGCUGUGAAGAAAGAAAAGAGGAGCAGCAAGGAUGUGCUGGGGACCAAAGUGAAGAUGGGGUGGAAGAAAUGGUUGUAGAGGUUGGAGAGACACCUCAGGACUGGACCAUGCAGAACCCUGAGCAACCAGGAGAGCCGCCCCUAAAGACCACAAAGUGUCCAGAUAUGCUGUCUGAGCGGAGGCCCAUAGGACCUGAGGUGUCUCAAGAAGAGUCUCGGGGUGAGACAGGGAAGGGGGCAUCACCCUCCUUGUCAAAAAGCUGGCGCUGUGCAUUGUGGCACCGUGUGUGGCAGGGGCGAAGGCGUGCCCGGAGACGACUGCAGCAGCAGGUCAGGGAAGGAGGUGGUGGUGGUGCCAGUACAGGAGCAGAGUGGCUGGCUAUGGAGGCUCGGGUAACCCAGGAGCUGAAAGGGCUGAAGGGUGAGAGGCUAGGGACCGAACCCCUUCUGGCCUUUGUGGCAUCUGCGUCCCUGGCUGACCAGACGCUCACUGUGACCCCGCUCCAGGAUUCUCAAGGCUUAUUCCCUGAUCUCCAUCAUUUUUUGCAAGUUUUCCUCCCACAAGCACUUCGUAGUCUCCUCCAGUGAGGCGAUAGAUCCUAAAUGACAAUAAAGCUGCUAGUUUAA